CAAAUUGGAAACGACUCAUGACAACCUCGCAGGUACUCCAAUCACGAAUCUUGUUUUUGGGUGUCACACAUGUUGAAAAAAGAUCAACGACCAAAUCCACAGUUUACCUUACCCACUGUGAGUGAGGUCAACUGACUCUUCUCUCUUCUCUAGCUAGAGCGACGCUGUCACCGUCUUUGUUGCUGCCCAUGCGCAGGCUUCCUUAGCGGAGAAGAGUGUUCCAGAAAAAGACCAACAACAGAAGUGCAACGGAUCUAUAGGUGUAUAGAGAGAUACGAACACCGCCGGUUUUUUCUUACAUUAGUGUCCCUUCCAGAGUACAGGACCCGCCACGGUAGCACUGAGCAAGCAUGGGGAUCGCGGAUCGUACCGGCGCUGGAAAAGUCAGUCGUGACAACGACGCAGGUACAACAACUUGGUUAAUGUGGGCCGGUAUGGCGGCGGUUUCGUUCGCUAGUGGACUUGCGUACGCGACUUAUUUGCUGCGUCUGCGGGAUCGAGAGAGAUUGCGACAGGCCUGUAGCCGCAUACAAAAGCACUUGGUUCCGGGGCAGCGCGUUUCGCUCGGGCCUCUUCACAUGCGAAAGCCACAGAAAAAGCAGACGGUAGUCGUUGUCGGUGCCGGCAGUUACGGAACCGCCAUGGCGUAUGCGGCAGCAGUCAACGGACACAAAGUUCUGCUCUACAUGCGUGACGCUGAACAGUGCAAAAGCAUCAACGAAAAGGGCUACAAUCCCAAGUAUCUGUCACAGUAUCCACUCAACCCUAGUGGCCACGACAAUCCCGCUAUUAGGGGAAUCUGCACCACCGACGAACUAGCACAGGCCAUGAAGGUUACCAAUGUUGUUGUAAUUUUAGCACUCCCUUGUCAGUUGACACCCGUCUGGGUGGAACAGCACAACACCAUUAUUCCCGAAAAUACUUUGCUCUGCAGUACUGCCAAGGGAUUGUAUCUACCAACCAAGCAACUAAUUGGUCACGCUAUUUUGGACUCCUUAAAUCGUGCAUCUCAGCCCAUCUGCUUUCUUUCCGGACCUUCGUUCGCCGAGGAAAUUAUGCGAGGAUAUCCUACAGCAGUGGUAGUCGCCUCGGAUCAGCUUUAUUUGGCGGUACAAGUACAAAAACUCCUCAGCAACGCAUCGUCCUUCCGUGUCUACACGUCGCAAGAUCCCAUCGGGGUCCAACUCGGUGGCGCCCUCAAGAACCCACUGGCGGUGGGAGCGGGAAUGAUUGCUGGAAUGGGUUUCGGGAGUAAUACGCUAUCGGCAUGUGUCACUCGUGCCAGUCGAGAACUCUGCGAUCUAUGCGUUGCAAUGGGGGGUCGGCCGGAAACCGUUGACGGGUUGUCUGGCAUCGGGGAUCUCAUGCUCACCUGUUUUUCUUCACAAUCGCGAAAUCAGCGGUGUGGACAGCGUCUAAUGAAAGGGGAGGGAGUCAAAGAUAUCGAGAAAGAUUUCACCGUGGAAGGAGUGGCCACGGCGGAUGUUGCCGUAGCUUACGCGGACAUGUGUGGUCUGGCUUGUCCGAUUUUUCGGACCGUUCAUGCUCUCAUACACAAACUGAUUUCUCCGGAAGAGGCGAUUCGGGAUUUGAUGGGUCGACCACUCAAUUUGGAAGCCUCUCGGGCUAAUUUAGAGGCCAAGUAGUCGCCAGCUGCUUGUAUGUACAGACAGGUUACCUACUUCGUUCGACGGAUCCUUGCGAAAUUUGUCAUAGUCGAAGUUUGCGUUCUUCAGAUUAGAGUGACCUAUAUAAAGUACUUUUAAAUUGCAAAUUUACAUGAUACUUAAAAA